AUGGCUCUUGACCACGGAACCACGGCGCACCUCCUCCCAACCAGCCUCCCAGACAGAGUGCGCGCCUGGCUCGCCGAAGACACCCCUUCGUUCGACUACGGCGGCUUCGUCGUCGGCGAGGACAUCCGCACCGCGACGCUGUACCAAAAAGCCCCUGGGGUGGUUGCGGGGUUGCCGUUCGUGGACGAAAUCUUCGCGCAAUGCGGCUGCACGGUCGAAUGGUCCGUCAAGGACGGCGACUUUGUCGACUCUAGCGCCAUUGCCGCGGGUGGCGGCAAGGUCAAAGCCGCGACGGUCACGGGGCCGACGAGGAAACUCCUCCUGGGCGAGCGGGUGGCCUUGAACACCCUGUCGCGCUGCUCCGGCGUCGCCACGGCGAGUCGGCAGCUACUCACUCUCGUGCGGGCCGCGGGCUACACGGGGAUGGUGGCGGGGACGCGCAAGACGACGCCCGGGUUCCGGCUGGUGGAGAAGUACGGCAUGCUGGUCGGCGGGGUCGACCAGCACCGCAUGGACCUGAGCAGCAUGAUCAUGCUCAAGGACAACCACAUCUGGGCCCGCGGCAGCAUCACCGACGCGGUGCGCUCCGCCCGCGCCGUCGGCGGCUUCGCCCUGAAAGUCGAGGUCGAGGUCGACAGCGAGGCCGGGGCCGACGAGGCCAUCGCCGCCGGCGCCGACGUCAUCAUGCUCGACAACUACGACGGGCCGGGGCUGCGCGUCGCGGCCAGGAACCUGAGGGAGAGGUGGGCGGGCAAGAAGUCGUUUCUGCUCGAGUGUAGCGGCGGGCUCACGCCGGCGAAUGUGAGCGAAUAUGUCAACAAUGAUAUUGACGUGAUAUCCACAUCUGCCGUGCACCAAGGGUGUCCGCACGUCGACUUUUCCCUCAAGAUUGACCACUAG